UACUUUUUCAUGUCUAUAAGUGUUUUUUUGCAGUGUUUAAAAAAAUUUAUUGUUUUUUGGAAGUAUCAUUAAAGCUGAAAUUUAAGUGCUUUUUCAAUACUGAUUCUGGAAUAGCAUUAAUUGCUUAAAUGAAUCUUACCACAACAUUCUGAAAUUUACGUCAACAUUGCAUGUUGGACGACAGUUUUUUUCGUGGAAAGUAAUUUAAUGAAAUUGUUUGCAAUAAACCACAAAAACUUAACUUUAUAGAUCUGAAUGUUUAUUGCUUUUUUAAUUCAGAAUUUUAUUAUUAUUAUUAUUAUUAUUUUGAUAAUUCCCUUCCCCAAGGCAUUGAUCAUUGAAACGACAACAUGUUUCUCCUACAAAAAGCAAGCGAAUAACCCAGUGGCGGAAUUUAAGAAGAUCUGUACAGAACCUUUCACAGUCAAUUCAAACAAAUAAUAACAUUGAGUCUGUUAAUUGUAGCUCCUAUAGUUCUUCCGCUUCUAUGCUAAGCGGGGACGAUUCUUCAUACAAGACUUGUGCAUCUCAAGAUACUCUAUUUACAGAAUUAAAUGAUAACCAGGAAAAAGAUUUACAUGAUAUAUCAAUUAAUAAUGAAUCAUACAAAGAUCUGGUACCAUUAGAACCAUUUAAAAAUGAACUAAAGUGCUGGAGUUUAAAACAUGGCUGCACCAGACAAUGUGUAAACGACUUAUUAAAUAUUUUGAUUCGAAAUGGUCACAAGGAACUGCCAAAAGAUGCAAGGUCACUUUUAUGUACUCCAAAGGUUGUUUCAACUACUUCCAUGCAUGUUGAAGGAAAAUAUAUAUAUUUUGGUGUAAGGCAGGGCAUUGAAAAUAUUUUGAAACACCAUAUCUUUAAUGAAACUCAAAUCAAAUUAAUAUCAAACGUAGAUGGGCUUCCUGUUUUUAAAUCCAGUUCAUAUCAAAUAUGGCCUAUACUGUGUCAAUUUGGGCAUUUUAAACCUUUUGUGGUUGCAUUGUAUGGUGGUGUAAAGAAGCCAAUUGCAUCUGAGUUCUUAAAUGACUUUGCAAAAGAGCUACAAACCUUUGAUAGUCCUGUUGCAAUAUGUGGGAAAGAGUAUAGUAUUUCUGUAUUUGCUAUUUCAUGCGAUUCACCUGCUAGGUCACUUUUAAAGGGUACUGUUGAACAUUCGGGAUAUUAUUCAUGCGAAAGAUGCAAUGAAGUUGGUGUUUCAAUAAGGAAUCGUAUUGUUUUUACCAAUACAAAAUUAAAUAUUUUACCCAGAACAAAUACUGAAUUGAAAGCUGGAAUUUAUUCUCAGGCUGACAGCUUUGGUCGGUGUCACCAUCACUCAUUGACUCCUUUAUAUAACGUUCAUAGUAUUGAUAUGGUUUGUGAUUUUCCUCUUGAUUAUAUGCACUUAGUUUGUUUAGGAGCCAUGCGUCGUAUUCUUUAUUAUUUUAAAGGUGCAUAUAAAGGAAUUUUAAAAGGACGUUUGUCUGCUUCUUCUAUUGGUCAAAUUUCUUGCCGGCUUACUAAUUUAAAUGGCAAAUUACCUACUGAAUUUGCACGUCAACCUAGGUCAUUAAUUGAGUUAAAUAGAUGGAAAGCUACAGAGUUUAGAAUGUUUUUAUUGUAUGUUGGAAUUGUUGCUUUAAAGGGUAUUCUUGAUCAUAAGGCGUACAAACAUUUCUUGAGUUUAGUAUUAUCCAUCCGUAUGCUAUGUGAAGACAAUAAUGAGACAAGAAGGAUAUUUUUAAGUUCCGCAAGACAACUUCUACUUUACUUUGUCUCAAAUUGUCAUGAACAUUAUGGGGACACUUUUUGUGUAUACAAUAUUCACAGUCUCAUUCAUAUUGCUGAUGAUGUGGAACAUUUUGAUGCACCUUUAGAUUUUUUUUCCUGUUUUCAGUUUGAAAAUCAUUUACAAAUGCUUAAACAUUUAGUUAGAGGACGAAAUAAUCCUCUAAUAGAAAUCUCCAAACGUCUCAGUGAAUCGAAGGGCAGUUUUUUGUGUCAAGAAAAAACUGUUACAAAAAUUGACACAUCUAAAAAUUCUUGCUUUUUGACCAAAAGUCAUGUAAUUUUUGUAAAAGAAAUUUUAGUUAAUGGUAAUAUAGUUUGUGAUGUUUUAGAAAAGGAAAGAUUGGACAAUUUUUUUGACGAUUUUGUCGAGUCUAAGACUCUUAAUAUUUAUUGUAUUAGAGCAAACCAUGUUUGUAUGAGUCGUCAAAUCAGCAAAGACAGAUUAUUGCGGAAAUGUUUGUGUUUACCAUUUAAAAAUGACCAUAUAGUUAUCUCAUUAUUGAAUGAUGUUAAAUUUUAAUGUUAUACUUGUAAUUAAAUAAAUUAGUUUAUAGCCA